AAAUAUACUAGGUAUAUCAACGCCAAAAUAAAACAGAAAAGCUCAGUAACUUAGAGAAAUAUUGAUUACUGAUAAACUGAAGAAUCGUUAAUCAUCUGAUCUACUUCCUAUUAACUACGAACUGUAUGAAAAGAUAAGAUAUUAAAUAAGAUAAUAAAUAAUACAUAAUAAAACAUAAACAUAUCAAAAGCAUAUUCUACCACACUACUUGCUUUAUUUAACAGGGCAAAUUUUGUUGGGGCAUAUUCUCUCAACAAGUUCUAAAAAUUUUCGCAAUUACGCAUACACUCAAAUUACACCAGAAGCGCAUGCGCUACAAUAUGACACAAAAAAAACACACAAACGAGAAACAAGGAGGAAACAUUCUUCAACAGUGUUCGCUGCUUGCAAAACGGCAUAAGGAUAUUUGUGAAGCUUUCACGCAGCAGGUACAAAUUGGUGUUGAAUUAAUUCGUCAUAUCAUUUAAGUACACUACACCCAUCUACUACAGCCAGUAAGCUCAACUGUUUUCUGAGAGCAAAUUAGCAAAAUGAAAAAUAAGACUUUAAAGCCUGAUCAUGGAUAUUGUAGCGAAACUUAUAAUAGUGUACCAUGCUUCCUUCAGUACCCGACAGUGUUCUAUUUGCUGUUGGCAGUCCUCUUUGUCGGUAGUGUGAAUGGAGCAAACCAACUGCAUAUUGGUGGAAUCUUUCCCAUAGCAGGAAAGGGCGGUUGGCAGGGAGGACAGGCGUGCAUGCCAGCCGCCAAGCUUGCUCUACAGGAUGUAAAUGAAAAUCCAGACCUUUUGCCAGGGUUUAACUUAACACUACACAGCAAUGAUAGCGAGUGUGAACCAGGUCUUGGGGCAAGUGUUAUGUACAAUUUACUAUACAAUGCGCCACAAAAGCUGAUGCUGCUAGCGGGUUGCAGCACUGUGUGUACGACGGUAGCAGAAGCAGCGAAAAUGUGGAACUUAGUUGUGCUAUGCUAUGGAGCAUCCAGUCCAGCUCUUUCAGAUCGCAGUAGAUUCCCUACACUGUUUAGAACUCAUCCCUCGGCUACAGUGCAUAACCCUACUAGGAUUAAACUGAUGCAAAAGUUUGGCUGGUCAAGGGUUGCAAUCCUACAACAAGCAGAGGAAGUAUUCAUAUCGACUGUUGAGGAUUUAGAAACCAGAUGUAAAGAUGCCGGCAUCGAAAUAGUGACGAGACAAUCAUUUCUAUCCGAUCCUACGGAUGCAGUACGAAAUUUACGACGACAGGAUGCACGUAUAAUAGUGGGAUUGUUCUACGUGGUGGCCGCACGCCGUGUUUUAUGUGAAAUGUAUAAACAACAGCUUUACGGAAGGGCUUAUGUGUGGUUUUUUAUUGGAUGGUACGAGGACAAUUGGUACGAGGUAAACCUGAAAAACGAGAACAUUUCAUGCACCAAAGAACAGAUGAAGAUGGCUGCUGAGGGUCACUUAACAACGGAGGCGCUAAUGUGGAAUCAGAACAAUCAAAAAACGAUAUCAGGGAUGUCAUCAGAGGAUUUUCGAAAACGUUUGAAUGCCGCAUUAAUUGAGGAGGGCUAUGAUAUCAGCCACAAUCGCUAUCCGGAAGGCUACCAGGAGGCUCCACUCGCCUACGACGCAGUGUGGAGUGUGGCAUUAGCAUUUAAUAAAACGAUGCAAAGGCUAACGGAGCAAAACUCGGGUAAAAAUCUGAAAGACUUUACGUACACUGAUAAGGAAAUAGCGAACGCGAUUUACGCCGCCAUGAACUCAACCCAAUUUCUAGGCGUAUCGGGUGUGGUUGCUUUCAGUUCGCAGGGUGAUCGUAUCGCAUUGACUCAGAUAGAACAAAUGAUUGAUGGGCAGUACUAUAAGCUGGGAUACUACGACACACAGGCCGACAAUCUUACGUGGUUUAACAAAGAGAAAUGGGAUGGAGAAAAGGUACCCCAAGAUCGUACGAUUGUGAGACGGGUUUUGAGAACAGUUUCAUUACCACUGUUUAUCUGUAUGAGCACAAUAUCGAGUUUUGGCAUACUGGUAGCAAUAACACUCAUCAUAUUUAACAUUUGGCACAGGCAUCGAAGGGUCAUUCAAUCGUCACAUCCCGUGUGCAAUACUAUUAUGCUUUUUGGGGUGAUCAUUUGUCUCGUGUCCGUCAUUUUGUUGGGUAUUGAUGGACAGUUUAUAACUGCGGAAAAUUAUCCAAAAGUAUGUCAAGCUAGAGCAUGGAUCCUUUCGACUGGCUUUACCUUAGCGUAUGGAGCGAUGUUUAGCAAAGUGUGGCGUGUGCACCGCUUUACAACGAAAACUAAAACGGAUCCUAAGAAAAAGGUGGAACCUUGGAAGUUGUAUACAAUGGUGUCUGGACUAUUGACGGUGGAUUUGGUAAUAUUGCUGACAUGGCAAAUGCAAGAUCCUCUACAACGAAGACUAGAAACAUUCCCACUGGAGGAUCCGAUUUCGUCUAAUGAUGAUGUUAAAAUACGGCCAGAGCUGGAGCAUUGUGAAAGCCAUAACAAUUCCGUUUGGUUAGGGGUAAUAUACGGCUUUAAGGGAUUGAUACUAGUAUUUGGACUUUUCUUGGCAUAUGAGACACGUUCCAUCAAGGUGAAGCAAAUAAACGAUUCUCGUUACGUCGGAAUGAGUAUUUACAACGUGGUGGUGCUAUGUUUAAUCACUGCUCCUGUUGCUAUGGUGAUAGCAUCACAACAAGAUGCUUCCUUCGCAUUUGUCGCGCUGGCUGUCAUAUUUUGUUGUUUCCUCAGUAUGCUCCUAAUUUUCGUGCCGAAGGUGAUCGAAGUUCUGCGCCAUCCCAAAGAUAAGGUCGAGUCUAAAUUUAGCAAUGAUACCGGAAUUUCGAAGGAGGACGAAGAACGCUACCAAAAACUGAUAUCGGAAAAUGACGAUCUGCAGAAAUUAAUCGCUCAAAAAGAAGAUAAAAUACGAUUGUUAAAGCAGCGCCUCACGGAACGGGAAUCGAAGAAUCCUGCUCCACCUUUCAAUGAAUCUUUAAAUGGAAACACCGUCGGUGGAGUACAAUUUAAUCGAUCAUCUUCAACCGCUCUAGCUCAAAAGUAAUGUGAAUGCUCGAAGCAUUCCGAAAGAUUAACGCUAUCUGUGUACUAUUUGCCAUGAACCGAAAGUAUUGAUGACGAACAAUUGAACACACAUUAAUAUAACAUAUAAAUUGAAAAGUAACAAAUGCAUAUUAGCGAACGAAAUGUAUCGAAAUAGUGAAAUUAAAUCCUUGUAAGCAAUUGCUUAGAGAUGUUUUAGGGAACGAGAUAACAAAAAAUAUUGAAAUUAAUUUUCUGCUAUGUAGGAGAACACAUGAUGCGUAACGAACAAGAAAAAAAUCUCCAAACAGUGUAUAUUUUAACAAAAAUAAUAAAAAAAACAAACACAAACGCAUACAAACAA